UAUGUUCAAGGAUAUUAAUAUUAAUUCUGAUGAGGAAGAUAGAAAUUACUUUGAAGAAAAGCCUCCAAAGGAUUCAGAGACUUUGAAUCUUAAUCAGAAUCUGAUUUAGAAAAUUGAAUUUCAAUAAAUUAAAUAUAGAAGAAGUUUAACAAUGCCAAGAAAAGAUAGAUAUUAAUAAUUAAAUAAGGCGAUAUAGGAUUCGUUUACAAUAUAUUAAUUAUAAGUCAAAGGAAAAUAGUGA